UAUGUUAGCUAUAUACAAACAUAUACUAAUUAACAUACAUGCAUCAUGUGUUCAUGACACGUAUAUAUACAUACAUGAUGAAUAUACACAUACAUGUGAAUGAGCUCACAUAAAACUCUAACACCAAUAAUAAGAGGCAAGAGAAGAGAAGAGGUCUCUCUAUGCCUUGACUAAUAUAACUGCCCUCUUCAAAAAAAAAAAAAAAACCAAAACCCUACAAGACCAAAUAGAUAGAUCACCCCAUAUUGUCUCUCUCUUUCUCUUUCUCUCUCUUUCCUUUGCAUAUAUAUUUGCACCUUUCUUUCACAACUCAUAAUCAAAGGAAAGAAAUAUAGAAAAGCAGAUCCAAGGUGGUUGUUAAGCUGUCAUUCCAUCAAUCAAUCAAUCAAAGAAACACAAGACCAAUCAUCAAUCAGUUUUUCUUUGUUUCUUUUAUUUUAUUUUUCUUUUAUAAAAGAAAAAAGGAAUCGAAUCCAAAAAAAAAUGUCAUCUUCUUCUGCUUCAACAAUAUUGCCCCAGCAACUGGACCACCUCUCUUCCUCAUCCGAGCAGCUCUGUUAUGUCCAUUGCAACAUAUGCGAUACAGUCCUUGCGGUGAGUGUUCCUUGCAGCAGUUUGUUCAAGAGUGUGACACUAACUGUGAGAUGUGGACACUGCACCAAUCUGCUUCCGGUGAACAUGUGUGGUUUGCUUUUGCCUUCGCCUAAUCAGUUUCAUUUGGGCCACUCUUUCUUCAACCCUGCUUCUCACCAUAAUCUCCUGGAAGAGAUACCAAACUCAGCCCCAAACUUUCUGAUGAAUCAAUCAAGCAUGGCUGAUUUUGCAGUAGUGCCACCUAGGGGAGUCAAUAAUACUCGUCAUCAUGAUCAUCAUCAUCAUCAUCACCAUGAAAUUUCAAGGCCUCCUGUUAUUAACAGACCCCCAGAGAAGAGACAGAGAGUUCCCUCGGCAUACAAUCGUUUCAUCAAGGAUGAGAUCCAACGCAUCAAGUCUGUGAAUCCUGAUAUUUCUCACAGAGAAGCCUUCAGUGCAGCUGCUAAGAAUUGGGCUCACUUUCCACACAUUCACUUUGGUCUCAUGCCUGAUCAGACUGGGAAGAAGACAAAUGUUCGCCAGCAGGAAGGAGAAGACGUUCUGAUGAAGGAUGGGUUUUUUGCAUCAGCCAAUCAAGUUGGUGUUUCUCCUUACUAAUAACAUAAACAUCGAUGGAUCGACCAAUAUAUAUUAAGCAUAUAAAUAUAUAUAUGGAGAGGAAGCUAGAGAUGAAGAUUAAGUACGAACGUUUAUUGAAAGACAACACUAUAUUUCAUGGUGACCCUACGUAGUAAUUAUUAGUACUAGAAAGAAGGCUUUUUAAUUUAAUGACGAUACUAUGUCUACUAAAAUAUCAUGUACUUUUUCAGUUCUCUUUUAUAUCUCUUUCUCUAAAAUGUUUAAGGCCCUUUGUGGUUGAACACUACUUAAUUGUCUAAUCUUAUGCUAAUUAAACUA